AUGUUUUUUUGCGUUUUAUUGAUUUAUGCAGCGGACAUUUACGAUUCUAAUAUGAAUCAUUCAAAUAACGAACUUUACAGUAGUUUAUGUAACACUUAUAGCGCAGCAGAUAAUACACAACAAAAUAAAAUAUUUGAAAGUUUAUCAUGUAAUGAUAAAAUGCAGAUAGAAAAUAAUUUGGAGGUCGGACCUAAACAAAGGACUUCAAAACCCCGUUUAGAUGGCUAUCGUAUAUAUGAACGGCAUCCCAACAUACUUACGAAAUAG